AUGAAAAAUAUACUUAAUCUAAACGAAGACAAAGUUUCUUUGUUAAACGAUGAUAUAACAAGAACAAGUGAUUACGGAACGUUUAAUGAACAGCCUUCAAUAAUCAAUGAGCUACAAAAAAACUCACAACAAAGUACCAAACUUGAAUGUGGUCAAAGUUGCUUUAUUAAUCCCAUAGCUGGUUGUGCAAAACUUUGUGGAUCUAUACCUUCCCCAACAACUUUAGUCGUCAAAAACAGCGGGUCCACCGCCCGUGACAAUUGCUCAAUCGAAAGAACUUUUUUGUCUUGGUUGCGCAUGUCAACAACUCUGGUAUUGCUUGGAAUGUCUUAUUUCUUACGUUUUGAUAUAUUUUCACAACCUUCUGCCAACGAAAACUCUUAUUCAAAACUACUCGGCCUAUUUCUCAUCGGAUUGGGAUUUACCGUGUUAAUAUGGGCUCUAUGUAAUUAUUUUCAAUUUCAACGAUUAUACGCAUCUAGAUACGCAUUUAUUGAGAAUGGCGUACUUUCUUUUUCGAUAGCUGCAUUGGUGGGUGCUACCAUUUUUUUGUUGCUAGUUUGUGAUAUCUUGCAAGAUGUGGAGCAAGAGGAUAAAAUAGAAAACGGUACUAAUUUAUAUACCAUAAGUUUUAUUAGAUGA